CCAUGGCCUGUCUCGAUGACGACCGCACGAAAAUGAGCUGAAGACUGGAAGCUCAACAUGCUCGUGUGUAUAUUCUCAUCAAGAAAACUCCUUCUCGUUCUGUUCUUUCUCCUGUAGCCGACUGCUUCUUGAAUCAUCUGUCUUUCGUGAGGUUCGAUCUCUUUCACGGCCCGCUGUCGAUCAACUCCGCGACGUACCAGGUAGUUUCGUUGUCUCGAGUGGCUCGGCCAGCAUUUGCAUCCAUCUCGUGCAACACACCGCCACAAACAGGCCAACAUCAGGACUCGAAGUUCCAGGGCGAACGGAGACGAAGUAGAGAGUUUUGCUUCGUGGAAGUAGCACAAGCGCCACGUGCAAGCCGGUACUAAAUCUUCGAUCGCGACCGAGCCCCUCCAACCAUCAAACUCAACCUGUUGUUUCCCUACCACCAAACCCCCAUACUCGAAUACACCGCCCUCCUUCCACCGCCCGAGCGAGCGCGAAGUCGUCCUUCACGAUGGCGGAAUUCGUACGUGCCCAGAUCUUUGGCACGACGUUCGAGAUCACCAGCAGAUACACCGAUCUGCAGCCAGUGGGCAUGGGAGCCUUUGGGCUCGUAUGCUCGGCCAAGGAUCAGCUUACAGGACAGGCCGUGGCUGUAAAGAAGAUAAUGAAGCCUUUCAGCACACCGGUUCUGUCGAAGCGGACGUACCGAGAAUUGAAACUGCUCAAGCAUUUGAAGCACGAAAAUGUCAUCUCCCUCAGCGAUAUUUUCAUCUCACCUCUGGAGGAUAUUUAUUUCGUGACCGAACUGCUUGGAACGGACCUGCACCGGCUGCUUACCUCACGACCUCUGGAGAAGCAGUUCAUCCAGUACUUUUUGUACCAAAUACUGCGUGGUCUCAAAUACGUGCAUUCUGCGGGAGUCGUCCACCGGGACCUGAAGCCAUCGAACAUUCUCGUGAAUGAGAAUUGUGACCUGAAAAUAUGCGAUUUUGGUCUUGCGCGCAUUCAAGACCCACAGAUGACUGGCUACGUUUCUACGCGUUAUUACAGAGCCCCCGAGAUCAUGCUCACAUGGCAAAAGUACGAUGUGGAAGUGGAUAUUUGGAGCGCCGGCUGCAUCUUCGCAGAAAUGUUGGAGGGCAAGCCUUUGUUCCCAGGCAAGGACCACGUCAACCAAUUCUCCAUCAUCACUGAGCUCCUGGGUACACCACCAGAUGAUGUUAUUUCCACAAUCUGCAGCGAGAAUACCUUGAGAUUCGUGCAAUCCCUGCCAAAGCGCGAACGCCAGCCACUGAAGAACAAGUUCAAGAACGCUGACCCACAAGCCAUUGAACUCCUGGAGCGUAUGCUUGUCUUUGACCCACGAAAACGUGUGAAGGCCGGAGAGGCUCUUGCAGACCCAUACCUUGCACCCUACCACGAUCCUACCGACGAACCAGAGGCGGAAGAGAAGUUUGACUGGUCUUUCAACGACGCCGAUCUGCCCGUGGACACAUGGAAAAUCAUGAUGUACUCGGAGAUCCUUGACUACCACAAUGUCGACCAAGGAAAUGAUCCGACUGCUGCAGGCGGCCUCACGGAAAACGGAGCUGCAUAGAAAAAACUCACGACAUCCACGAUACAGGCAUAGGACGGUGCACAGGCGUCCGGGAAUCGGGACGAGAUAUUACACCUGCCGGCGGCCAAAGCUGGCCUUCAUUAGUAGCAUCAUGCUCAGGUGAUAUGCGGGCGGCGGAUCUCAGCAAUCGUCGCUCAGUAGCAGGAUUGAUCUGAAUAUGGAAUCGAAUGCGCCCGCGGUGGACGUGGAGUUCACGCAGCAGCGGAGGAAGUGCAUGUACAGAAAGCAGGAGUGCGCCACCAGCCUAUUUACUAGUCCCUAUGAAUUAUCUGAACCUGAGUAAAAAAUGGAAAGGCGAGAAGCGUUUGGUAGAG